UAGAUUUUAAAACAGAACGUUCUAACGCGGUGAAAAUGAGGUCGGUAACACAAGCCAUGGUGAGAUUUAGGUUUCACUCUCCGAAAGAACACCACCUCUAAAAUCAACACCGCAGCACACAUCCCACAAUUUCUAAGGCACUUUUACCUAGACGAUAGUUGUCAUUGUGAGCUCGUUUCAUGAGUCAUGUCUCUAAUAACAACUGGUUAUAAAGGUACCCCACCAAAAAAUGGUAAUCUAGAGUUGGCGACCUGGUUCUUGACCCGAAACCCCUGGUGCUCAACUUCGCCGGCGACGGGACUGAGACCAAAUACUUUAGACCCUCAUUCACAUUAAACAAGCUGUUUUGUUGUGUUAAUUAUUUACAUUCCAAAAACGGCGCUCUUCCAUGUCGUCAAUGGAGCUGUAUAGCUGAGUGGUCCCUCUUUUACAUGAAAGUGACAGAAUAUCUUCUCAUUGUCUAAAUACAUCUAAAACAACAGGUUACGAAAAUCAGGUAUUAAGAGAAUAGUAGAGAGAGUAUUUGGCAUAGUGUGGCACGCUCUUCAGGGCAAGUUGAAGAUACAGAGAACGAUUAUACCAUAGGUUAGGCCAUGUGUCUGUGAGCUGAUGUAAGUUGUUUUCAUGAAGUUGUUUCAUACAAAAUAUUCUCAUCAAACAACAUCUGCUAAAACGGAAUAUGCAAGAAAAGUAAAGCAAAUUAAUAUAAGAUAUAACACGUAUUAUCCAAGUAUUAGUUUGAUCAUAUCCAUCAUAAUGAUGAACGUUCACACUUCUGCCUAGGUGCAGGUUUUGUUAUUGUCCUUUUGUCAUAUUUAAUGCUUACGCUCAGUUCGUGCAGUAUAUUGUCAUUGGAUGUGGGAGAAGUAAAUACAUGUGUCGUCUCUCUCCAGUUUUACCUGUGUUGUCCAUUGGUGUUGGGCAGAUGGAAUCAAGCGGCUGUUGAUAUGCUAAUGAGGGAAUGCGAAUGUUAGUACAGUGGUGCGCGAGCCUUUUACUUCCACCAUUAGAGGGAGAUCUCAGAGCGCAGACAGCCAAGUUCACCUAAAAUAGUUUCAGCUAGAGCACAAUUCACUGUGUAGAACAAGGAGAGGCGCUCUCAAGACCCACCAUAACCCAUGAAAAUGCUUUGGAAAUUAACUGACAAUAUAAAAUAUGAAGAUUACGAGGAUCGUCACGACGGUACCAGCAAUGGGACAGCCAGACUACCUCAGCUGGGAAGCGUGGGCCAGUCUCCGUAUAGUGCUCCUCCGCUCUCCCAUACCCCAAACUCCGACUUCCAGCCACCGUAUUUCCCCCCACCCUACCAGCCCAUCUACUCCCAGUCUCAGGACCCCUACUCGCACGUCAACGACCCCUACUCCCUCAACUCCCUGCAUGCUCAGCCGCAGUCACAGCACCCUGGCUGGCCGGGCCAGAGGCAGAGUCAGGAGAGCACGUUGCUGCACCAGCACCGCGGCCUGCCCCAUCAGCUCUGUAGAGAGUACCGGAGAGAAGUGCUCCUGCCGUCGGGCCACGGACUCGAUACGGGACUCUCAGAUUCUAUCCCAAUCCAUGGAAUACAUCACUCUUUAGAAGAUGUUCAGGUAAUUCAGCAUUAUUUGCAUAUUGAGGAUCAAGGAAUUCACAUCCCAGACCAGACUGUAAUUAAAAAAGGUCCAGUUUCUUUAUCAAAGAACAACAAUGUCUCCACCAUUGGGAUAAAUAAGGACGGUCUUUUUGGCGGUGUGGUAAACCCCAACGAAGUGUUCUGCUCUGUUCCGGGUCGAUUGUCUCUGCUUAGCUCCACAUCAAAGUACAAGGUCACGGUGGCGGAAGUGCAGAGACGCCUCUCGCCGCCUGAGUGCCUCAACGCGUCACUGCUGGGCGGGGUGCUGAGAAGAGCCAAGUCUAAGAAUGGCGGAAGGUCCCUCAGAGAGAAAUUGGAUAAAAUUGGAUUAAAUCUACCUGCAGGUAGACGCAAGGCUGCAAACGUUACCCUGCUGACGUCACUAGUUGAAGGCGAAGCAGUGCAUCUUGCCAGAGAUUUUGGUUAUGUAUGCGAGACUGAGUUUCCAGCCAAGGCAGUAGCUGAAUAUACAAACCGCCAGCAUUCCGACCCAAACGAACACGUCCAAAGAAAAAACAUGUUAUUGGCAACGAAGCAAAUAUGCAAAGAGUUCACAGACCUGCUUUCCCAGGACCGUACUCCCUUGGGGAAUUCUCGACCACAACCUAUACUUGAGCCAGGGAUUCAGAGUUGCUUGACCCAUUUCAGUCUCAUUUCUCACGGAUUCGGGACCCCGGCUAUGUGCGCGGCCCUCACCGCUCUCCAGAACUAUCUGACGGAGGCGAUUAAAGCCAUGGACAAAAUGUACCUGAACAACAAUAGUCACUCAGACAGCGGCACUAAAGGCGGAGACAAAGACGAGAAGCACAGAAAGUGAUUCUCACCUGAAAGCCCAAUAUAAAUAUUAUAAAUACAUAUAGAUACUAUUGAUCAAGUAAACGGGCCACUUCCUGAUCUCGCGAUGAUUUUACAUGUUUGUUUUUACUAUCAUUCAACUUUGGAUUUUCGGAAAGCGACGUGCAAGAUGCCCACCGUAAUUCACAGCUCCAGAGAGAGAAAGGUCUUUGCCACAUGGAGGACUUUUUAUGUAGGCCUGCUCCCUCCUUUUAUGAGCUGCAACGGAUUGAAAUCCAGCGACCAUUAUAUCUCAAUUUACGAUUGUAGCCGUAUGACAAAAAAAGAGGCUAAAAGAGGAUGAAUUAUUAUCAGUAUUGUGAAUAAUAAACUUUGAAAAAUCCACAUUUACAUGUCAUGACUUCAGUUGCAGACUCUCACUCCAAAUGACCAACUUGAACUUUCAACACGAUUCACGGUUAUAUAAGGGAAUCUGUGUUCAUGUAUGUAUAUAUUUAUUUAUCUGUAAUUUAAUGGGAAUUGUAAAUAUGGUGCGUCUGUUGAAACUUAUUUUUUAUUUAUCUGUUGCCUCCUGUUUUAGUGGGUUUAAAUAUUCGGUUAGUUCUUCAUGUGGUUUUAUGGUUCUUAGAAAACAGAAGUUUGGGGUAUUUUUUUUAUCUGGGAUAUUUCAAUUCAGCCCUCUUGUAGCAUGUUGAGGCGACAUUGAAGCAAGUGAACAAAUGUAAUAGAAAUAAACCUCCAUUUCUCUCUAUCAUCCUUAUUCUAUUCCGGGUUUUUUUUGUUGUUGUUGAAAAGAGCAUACGCGAUAUCCUGAUAAGAACUCUUUUGUGUUUCUACUUUCUUGUUUUAAUACAAGAUUUUAUGUGUUGUGCCAAUCAGAAUACGUCUCACCUCUUGUUCUUCCCUUGAAGCACCAUAAAAGCAAUAAAUGGAUAUUGUCUUUAGAUUUUUUUUUUUCAUGUUCAAAGAAAUUAAAAACAUUUGGGACCACCUGAUAUCUUGUAUGUCCAAAUUGGAGGCGGUUUUAGCUGUAUUGUAUAGACCUCUUCUGGCAAUAGUUCCCAUGCCUGUCAAUGUAUUAUAGUCCUUUGUUGCCCAGAAAAAAAUAAAUAUUUGAUACGCUUCAUGUCGA